AGAAGAAACAAAGUUCAUCUGCUCUCCGGACAGGUUCGGCUCUAAACCCUAGCUCAACCGCGGCGAGCUCAGGAUCCGCCGAGAUGCCGUCCGCUUCGUCGGCGGUGGAGUGGCUGCAGAAGGCGGCGCAGGACGCCGCCAACUCCUCCUCUUCCUCCUCGUCUCACUCCGGCACCUCCGCCUUCCCCGACCAGGUCCUCGUGUCCCGGGCCGCAGGCCGGGUGGUGUCUCUGUCUACCUGCACGAAGGUCGGCGCCAUCAGCUUCGUGGUGGGCGUCGCGGUGGGCUUCACGCUGAAGAGAAGGCUGCGCCUGUGGGCUGCCAGGCUGCUCAAGAGGAUCAAGGACGACUAGUUACUAGAUAGCUAGUGCGAUGUCUCUGAAGUUUUGUUUGCAAGUGCACUCUAGUUAAUCUCUAGCCCCAUGCUGAACCUACCUGAUUGCUUGGAUUAACUGUGAUGGAUCGUGCAAGAUAGUGACUUCUUCAUAGAACUGUGUAAUCGUGAUUACUUUUAGGGAAUUUGUACUGGCAAUUGUGGUUAUGAGCAUCUCCUAUCUCCUACUGUUGAUCUCU